UACUUCUGUCACUCGGCAUUCUUUCGAGGACAAAGAAUAUUACGGCAGCGCGCUUUCUCUUGACAAUAUAUCGUGUCUUAUCUUGAGCGAGGCGGGAAUGCGUGUCCCCCGAUAACGCGGAUUCACGCUGCGCCGGCUGUCUUGGACUGGUUUGGACUUCGAACAUCGUCUCGUCGUUGAUGGAGCGUCAGUUGAGUCGAGACAAGGGAAGGAAAUAAGGGACAAUUUCGUUGCCGGAUGACUGUUCGUCAGUCGCGCGCGAUAAACGCGAACGUCGACAUCGAUGACGACGACGACGACGGCGUCGGCGGUAAUCACCUGUUACGGACUUCCGCAGCGAGAUCGACGUAAGGGGAAGACGCCGCCAGACGUCCAAGCGACGCGCCGGGGUUGCGAAUUAAAAGUGCGCGUAGCCGCGAAGAACAAGCCACUUGGCGGUCGAGCGGGCAAGAAGAGCGCAAGCGGAAAUGCGAAACUCGCGCGCGCGGAAAGCUUCAACGGAGUGAUCGUUGGUGAUUAUUGAAAAAAAAAGAAAAAGGGGUUUCGCAACCAGUUACGAUGAUGAGUGUUAUAACGCGGAUGUUUGUGCGGCAGAAGCUCUGCGAUGAAUCGCGAAAAGGACGCGCUGAUAAUGCGCGAAAUACGGAAACCGCGUGUAUCGACAGGUCGCUCUAUCUGCUCUUCGAGGAUAUAUCAUACAGUGUGCGGAAAGGAAUUCUGACAAAAGAGAGAAGAAAAUUGCUGAGUAAGCUCAAUGGCGACUUUCGACCAGGCGAGCUUACGGGUAUUAUGGGUCCUUCAGGUGCUGGAAAAUCUACGCUAAUGGACAUUCUAGCGGGCUUCACGACAAACUCGGUUACCGGUAGAAUCAUGGUGAACGGUCGGGAGAGAAACAUGUCCGAAUUUCGUAAAUUAUCCGCCUACAUAAUGCAAGAUGACAAUCUGCAACCAUUGUUGACGGUGCAAGAGGCAAUGCACUUUGCCGCCGAUCUUAAGCUGAGAUUAAAUCAUUGUGAGAAAUUAAAAAAAAUUGACGAAAUACUAACUGUAAUGGGCCUCGACGUAUCUCGUUAUACGCGUACCGGCGAGCUUAGCGGAGGUCAAAGAAAAAGACUGGCCAUUGCGCUCGAAUUGAUCAAUAAUCCACCAGUUAUGUUUUUAGAUGAACCUACGAGCGGUCUGGACAGCGUUAGUUCGAAGCAAUGCAUAGCACUGCUGAAACGAUUAGCGCAAGAGGGUCGUACUAUCAUUUGCACAAUUCAUCAACCGAGCUCCACGCUGUUCAACAUGAUAGAUCACCUUUAUGUGGUUGCUGAUGGAAAUUGCGUUUACACGGGUAGCACCCACAAUUUGGUGUCAUAUUUAAGCAGUCUUCAAUUACACUGUCCAACGCAUUACAAUCCUGUCGAUUUCCUGAUGGAAAUAUGUAAUGGAGAUUAUGGUUGUCACCUGUCCAAGUUGGUGGAUUUGAUCGAAAACGGCAAAAGUAACACGUGGCGAUCGGCGAAAACUUUUUACUUGGACAAAAAUAAGGAAAUGAUUAGUUCGCAACAAAUCUCUCCCAUGAGAUUAUACUCUUUUGAGACAGAAUUCAGACAUACUCCGCAUUACGCCGCCAGUUUUUGGAAACAGCUUUGUGUACUUAUGAAGAGAAAUACAAUUAGACUACUUCGUGAUAAGAUGUUAGCAGUUUCGCGGAUCCUAAUGCAUUUUACGAUCGCUCUGCUCGUUGGCACUUUAUACUUCAGAAUCGGUCAAGAUGCCGCUUACGUUUUAGACAACUUCAAUCUAUUGUUCUUCAGCAUUAUGUUUCUCAUGUAUAGUGCGUUCAGCGCUACAAUGAUUACAUUUCCUUCAGAGUUACCGAUACUCAUGCGCGAGCAUUUCAACCGUUGGUAUAAAUUGCGAUCGUACUAUCUGGCGAACAAGUUGGUUGAUUUUCCGGUUCAGCUAAUGGCUACGUUCAUCUAUACCGUCGUGGUGUAUUACAUGAGUGAUCAACUUCCCGAGAGCAAAAGACUCGGAUUGUACGUUCUUAUGUGUUUCGCCGUCAGUUUGGUUGCUCAAGCGGCUGGGCUGAUUGUAGGAUCCGGUUUGAAAGUCCAAAAUAGCGUGAUUUUUGGACCAUUCGCGAUUAUGCCGUUCGUGAUAUUCAGCGGUUUUUUCGUACAUCUUAAAGAUGCGCCUCCCUACUUACAUUGGGUGUUUCACAUGUCGUUCCUCAAGUACGGUUUUGAAGGAGUUAUGAUGGCGAUUUAUGGCUAUGAUCGAGCGAAAUUAAAAUGCUCCGCGGAUUAUUGCCACUUUGCCAUACCUGAAAAACUUCUCGCGGAGGUGGACAUGAAAAAUGUAGAUUAUUGGUUCAAUAUGACAGUAUUGCUGCUACUAUAUAUCGCGUUAGACAUCGCAGCGUAUAUUAUAUUAAACAUAAGAGUGAAAAAACGCUUGUGAUGUAAAGACGCGGUCCGAAAUUGAUCCGAUAAUACUUUCUAUAAAUAUGUAUAAUAUAUAUAUUUUCUAUAUUUAUAAUAUAUACUUGAAAAUUGACGACGAAUGAUUUGCAUAAAUAAUAUAGAUCUCACGAGAAGUCCACUUGUUAAGACUGAUGACUUAUAAUUUAAAUGCGAUUACAUACAUCAUGUAAGGUGAGGUUAAAAGAUUAUGGCGAUUAUGCCAAAAAAUCAAUGAUCAAUGAUCAAUGAAUCCUUUUGUAUUUGAAAUAUUUGUGCUAGAUCUGUUUCUGUUUACAAUUAAAUAAUUUCCUCUAUU